AUGGCGGUCUUCAAAGCUUACAGCCUACGGUUCUCCUGGGAAGAGCGGGGGCUCAAGAAUAAUAUCCCGGACUUUAAGCCUCAUUCACUAAAAUUGCCUUUCUUGUCGCUUUUGUUUGUCUUCAUCUGCGCCAUCAUUGGCUUGCUUGAGCAUAUGAUCCGCACUCUUCCUGCAGAGGCUAAUCGCACUAAGAUACCACAGGACUUUGUAUACAGGCCGCGACCUAUUAGACAUCGGACUGAGGAACCGACUGUCGCUGUUGAUACCGCACCCCAAAAGCGCGAGCGCACAAACCUUUUGUCCCCCAAGCAAACUCAUUUGAACCAUGCAACGCAUACCGCAAUUAUAGCAAGGACAACGCCCGAAACACGAGCCAUCAAAGUCGCAGCUCCGGAUCCAGAUCCUCGACCACCCUCCAGUCACUAUGCCAAUAAAGAGCCAAUCACCACAUACGUCACAUGGGUGAAUAGCUGGUAUUAUGAAUGGGGAGAUCAUCCUACAGUCGAUUCCAGAACUCCUUUGUUUCCUGGCGAAGAUCCAAACGGAAAAUGCAUUUACAACUACCAGGGCAUUGUCAUGACGACAAACAGCUCAGGCUGCAGGGCACUCCUUGGCCUUGGAGACCGCCAACCUCCCUCAGGAUGGAAGCGAGGAACAUGGAUUAUGGAAGACAUCUGGUUCCCCAAAGGAGGUGGCUGUGACGAGAACUAUGAUGACUGGUACUCUGGCUGGCCGUCGAAUCAGUCCUCUGCUUUUCCACAGCCUACUCGCUCGCUCGUCUACCCUUCUUAUUUUGAGUCUCUCAUGAUUCCAAUGGCAAGAUGUACCUGGUACAACGGGGUUACUCCUACGAUUUCACGGCCCCCAUACACUGCGACAGUGAGACCCUCAAAUCCGUGGUUCGAUGCUGUCCUUCAUCACUAUGUCGCUGUGGACUUUCCGAGGGGACCAGAUGGACGGAUCAUCUGGCCUGUGGUGGAAACUGGGACAGGUGGUGCUGUAGCAUCCCAGACUGUCCAAAAGCUGACUCAGUUGCGAGCAAUUCGUCCAGAUAAGGGUAUUUACCAUACUGUGGGUGUGUAUCUUGAGACGAGCACUGAGCGUACUACCUCAAGUGUCGGGAUUAAAACAACGGAAGGAUCUACCCAAGAGACCUCGGGAAAUAAAUUUGGAGAGGCAACUGAACAGAUAUCGAAAGAGACAUUUCAAACCACCCAUCAUUCUCACUUUCAGGAGGCAUCAUCCGGAAAAGCCUUGGCCCAAACAACACCCGAGCUAUCUCAGUCAUCUUUACUAACAUCUCAUGAGACACCUAUCCCAACGACCACAACGUUACUUCAAACGAAAACUACUGAAGAAGCAAUCACAGAGACACCACGGCCAUCUCAAUCAACUGCCAUAUCGGUGAAUGAUCGGCCGCCUUCAGAACAAACCAGCAGCAAAAUUGAUCACUUAAUGACGGCAUCCGACUCACGAUCUAGCAUAUUUGAGAACAAGUCUGGCGAAGAAAUUACCACUACCCAAGUUCUGACCACCACGCCAUACCACACAGCGAUUACAGAGUCCAGUCAAUUCUCCACUCAGCCCUACAGUACUGUCCAGCCACACGUACAAGAAGAGGUCAGAGGGCCAAACUUUCCGGAUCGCUACUUCUAUAUCCCGGAUACUAGAUUCGGUACGCCUGGGGAAACAAGGACAUUCCAGGCUGUUUUUUCGGCGUUUACCAGGGAAGGAUCCACCCGCCCAGAAUCUACUCUUGUUCAAAUAACAACCCUCCCACAAGCCUGGCUCUUACCAGUUCCAGUCAUCAUGGCCACCGCCCAGAUUUCGAUGGUUCUAACCGACGCUCAAGGUCAAGCCACUGCCACAGUAACUGAUUUCGGUGGUGAUUUAGUGGAAGGCAGCACGACCAUCACUACUUUGACAAAUCCACAGGACGGGUCACCCACCGCAACCAUCACAAUUCAAAUUCCCACUGGAGCAUCAGUAGUCCUAACGAAAAACAACCCAAAUGAUGGCAAGCCCACAGCAACAGUAACCCUCUUCCCCAUCAUACCCAACAUCCCCAACGCCACGCUUGCCAACAUUGUCGUGCCCACUGACAGUACCUACUUCCUGGUCUAUUUCCUCCCCAUCUUUCUUACAGCGUUGCUCCUCCUCCCCAUGCAGGCUAUCGAUGCCGAGAUCAAGCUAUUCAUGCCUUUUAGACUCCUGACAAGACCAGACGGAAGCACCGACGCCCUCCCCAUGCGAACAGGAGGCGUUAUUGGUCGCUACAACGGCCUCCGCCUUCUCCUAUUCCGGUACAAGGACCCCCUCUCCCUCCUCGGCGACCUGAUGAUUCUCUGCACCACCGCCAUAGUUUCCCUCUCCGGCGAAACCAUCGGCCUAAAACUCCGCGGCACUUGCAUACAGCACAACCUCAACACAUGCUUCACCACCGUGGCGGUAUUCCCUCCCAUGGCAAGAGCCGCACAGGGGCUUCUAAGCGCUCUCCUGGUUCUUAUACUAGUGCUAGCCAUAAUGCUGAGCAGAUGGAGGACGGGCAUCCCUGCUCACCCCACCAGCAUAGCGGCGGUCUGCGCUUUACUCCAGGUCCCAGGAACGAGGGGGUUGAUUCAAGCGGCUCAACUCACUACCAUCGAUUCAAACGGCGGGAGAUUAGAUAAGGAGAUUGCUGAGCGGUACAGAAAGAUCCGGUUUCGUCUGGGGAGGGUGGCAUGUGAACGAAAUGGUGGGCGGAGGACGACUGAGUAUGGCCUUGUUGGUGUACGAGAUGGUGAUGACGGUGAUACGCCUGUUGCAGCGAGGAUAGGCGCCAGGACUUUGAUGGAUGGAUCACCAGAGACGCCCGAAAGGAUGAAACAACACGUUCCGUUUUGGGAACGAGUGGACCAAGGGCUGUAUCUCUUCUUUCUCUGUGGGCUGCUGGCACUCAUACUGUACUAUGAGCUCACCGUGUUUGAGGACCCGGCGGAGACACCAUUUGAGUGGUUUAUGGACAGCCAAUUGCCGGGGCCACGGGUGCUGUUUACAGGUUUUGGUGUUUUGGUGUCGUUUAUGUGGGACCAUUUGUUUUCGAACUUCACCAAAAAAGCCACCUACCGUCUCAUGGCCCAAAGGAACCAACCUGCCGCCCUCUCCAUCCUCCAAACACGCCCAACAAACGUCUUCACCGGCCUCUGGCGAGCCAUCCGACAGAGGGACUCCCUGAUGGGGUCCAUAGCCAUCGCAGGCAUCCUUUCUAAAUUCCUCCCCCUGUUUCUCGCCAGUAUCCCAUUCGCAGCAGCGCAGACCUGGGUCACUCACGAGAUCUGCACAUGGGGCGCGGUCUCAAUCCUGAUUGUCAUGAUCAUCGUUCUGCUAAGCCACGCGGUGAUUGUCAAGUGGCCUUACAUGCCGGCCGCUGCGCCGGACUCGCUUGCGUGCUGUGUUUAUUACGUUUGUGACUCGGCCAUGCUGAGAGAUUUCGAGGAGAUGUCAAUGCUGGCGCGGCGCGAGCGUGAUAGUAGGGUUGAGCGGAUGGGGCGGAUGUAUCGGUUUGGGUGGAUGACGGGAGUGUCAGGGGAGAAGAGAAUCGGGGUUGAUUACCCGGUGGGGGAGCAAGGGUUUAGGCUGAGGUCGCUUGGGGUGGUGGGUUUUGGAGUGUCUGGGGGGAAGAAGUGGUGA